CGAACAAAACAAAAUUGAGAGGUGGUACGGUGCCUGCGUUGGUGGUGUUGUUGUAUGUGUGCUACAUCGUAACUAAUUUGAAUGUUUACUAUAGUUUUUUUAGGCAAUGGUUUUGGUUUCGCACAUUAGAAGGUUCUCACAAAACAUAUAUCGUGGAACCAUAUUUGCAUUAUCGUCUGGAUUUGGUAAAUGUGGUGUUGCAGUUAUAAGAGUGUCAGGCCCACAUGUUCGAUCAACAAUCAUGAGCUUAACGGGGAGAAGUCGUCUUCCAAGACCCCGUCAGGCAACCCUAGCCAACCUUUACAACCCUACAAAUAGGGAUCAUUUAGACAAAGCACUUGUUUUAUGGUUUCCAGGACCAAACAGUUUCACUGGAGAAGAUACAUGUGAGUAUCAUGUCCAUGGAGGGCCUGCAGUCAUACAGGCAAUACAUGCUGCCCUGGGUAAAUUGCAGGGACUUCGACCAGCAGAGACUGGGGAAUUUACAAAGCGUGCCUUCCUGAAUGGGAAAUUAGAUUUGACAGAAGUUGAAGGCCUCGGAGAUCUAAUCCAUGCAGAGACUGAAGCACAACGGAAGCAAGCAUUACGACAGAUGAAAGGGGACCUAAGCCGCCUGUACCAAAUGUGGACUGAUAAACUUCUUAAGUGUGUUGCACAUAUUGAAGCUUUCAUUGACUUCAGUGAGGAAGAAAAUAUUGAAGAUGACAUACUUGAAAAAGCACGCAUUCAAGUAGGCCAUAUCCACGCCGAAAUUUGUCAUCAUCUUGCAGACAAGAGAUGUGGAGAACGUCUACGUGAUGGUGUCCACGUUACUAUCUUAGGCCACCCUAACGUAGGCAAGAGCAGCUUACUCAAUGACAUAUGUCAAAGGCCAGCAGCAAUUGUGUCACCAACAGCAGGUACCACGCGUGAUGUCAUUGAGACAACUGUUAACAUUGGUGGAUAUCCUGUCAUUUUGAGUGACACUGCUGGUGUACGUCACUCUGAGGACUCUGUCGAAAUUGAAGGCAUCAAGAGGGCCAAAGAAAGUGCACAUGAGGCAGAUGUAGUGAUUUUAAUGACAGAUGCUUUAGAAGCUGCUCAACAUUCUGUCAGUACACUGUCAUUUAGAACUUACCUAAGCAAUGUAUCUACCUCUUUGAACCCAGAGGCAUCAUCACUCGAUUACAUGAUCGUAAUCAACAAAUCAGAUGUGGUCCCGGUAGAGAGUUCAUAUAAAUUAAAACAUUUAAUCCAAGAACUAAAUGGAAGUGAGAAGCAAAGACAUGAUAAUGAUGAUUAUAUGCAUUGCUGUUUAAUUUCCUGCAAAACAGGAGAAGGAAUUGAAGACUUGUUGAGCAUUCUAGCAAAAAAGGUGGAGCAUAUGUGUAUUAAUCCACAAUCACACUCUCCAAGCCUGACCCAGCAGCGUCACAGACAUCACUUAGAGCAGGCUACGGCAGCCCUUGAGGAUUUCUUUCACCAGUCUGACGUGGUCUUAGCAGCCGUGUACCUACGGAUUAGCCUCAGACAGCUUGGUAAAAUCACUGGUAAAGUUGGUGCCGAGGACAUUCUGGAUGUUGUGUUCAAAGAUUUUUGCAUUGGAAAAUGAUCCUAAUUUUACAAGAUAUUAAUUGCAUAUUUGUCUUUUAAUUUCUGGCAAUUUUAUACAGCUCAAUUCUUCCAUCAUACUUAGUCAUUGUAUCAACUUCUGGCAUUAAAUAUCAGCUUUAUAAGAAAUGGUUAUUAGACUCUUAAAAUCAGAUAUGUGCAAAAAAACUGUUUGUUUUUUAAAGUUUUAUUAUUUUCUCCUCCAAUUGUACCACAUCACUAACAUAAAACUAAGAAAGCUAGAGGUAACAAGAGAAUUGUGUAAGUAGUCCAUCUUUUAUCUACUGAUAAACUGAAGAUUAAUUUGAUGAGCAUUUGUUUAUCCACAACAAAACAUGCAAGGUCUUACAUAAUGUUAUUUACAUAUCCUGACAA